AUGGGUUCCUCAACCUCGAUUCUUUAUGUCCGUUUCUUCUUUCUCACAGCGAGACCAACAGCGAGGAGCCGCAGAUCAAGCGAGGAGGAUAAGAGCCGGAUACACCCCGAUACCACUGCACCACACAAGUUCAUACAGCCAGAUUAUUAUUACAAAAUUCCCUUCUUUGACUACUGCCGCAUCCACACUAUCCGCAUACAUCAACGGCCAUGGGUCACCUGGAUCAUUGCCUACCUCCGCCGUAUCAUCCUCCAAUUCCUUCACCAGAGAACCAAGUUCGAUGCUCUUACGGGAUUCAAGGUGCUUCCGGUAACACUUAUCACCCUGGGAACGUAUGUUCUCAUCUGGGGCUACAUGCUGCGUCUCGAUGGCACCGUCCCCGACGUCGCAUCCCUGACGGAACAGGAUUCAUGGGGUGUGAGCGUGGAGAAGGCAUAUGCAGGUCUGGUGGCUUUGACAAAAAGGUCGCAUUCGUACAAUAGCGCGCAAAUUGAUGUUGUUGGGAGGUGGCUAGCUGAGAGGUUGGAGCAGAUCAUUGGGGAGGAGGAGGAGGGGGUGGAACUGUUCUGUGAUGACGUGACUGGUGUAGGGAUGAAUGCGACAUGGGUGAGACCGUCGGGUGGGGUUACGGUUCGUGUUUCACAUCAUUUGGUUGGUCUACCGGUGCAAUUGCAGGUCUAA